AUGCACUUCUCUCUCCUGGCCUAUAGGGGCCACUGUGGUUUUGAGUUUGAGAGCUUUGGCCUGGAGAGUCACCUCUUGGAUCCAAACUACUGGAUACAGGUGCACCGCUUGGAGCAUGGAGAUGGAGGGAUCCUAGACCUUGAUGACAUUCUCUGUGAUGUAGCAGAUGACAAAGACCGAUUGGUAGCUGUCUUUGACGAGCAAGACCCACAUCAUGGCGGGGAUGGCACCAGCGCCAGCUCCACUGGCACCCAGAGCCCAGAGAUCUUUGGCAGUGAGGUUGGCACCCACAGUGUCUCAGCCUUUCAGCCUUACCAGGCGACAAGUGAAAUUGAGGUCACGCCAUCAGUCCUUCGUGCAAAUAUGCCUCUUCAUGUGCGACGAAGCAGUGACCCAGCGUUAAUUGGCCUGUCGACCUCGGUCAGCGAUCAUAACUUUUCCUCAGAAGAACCAUCACGGAAAAACCCCACACGCUGGUCCACAACAGCUGGCUUCCUCAAGCAGAACACUGCUGGCAGCCCCAAAACCUGUGACAGGAAGAAAGAUGAGAACUACCGGAGCCUACCAAGGGAUACCAGUAAUUGGUCUAACCAAUUCCAGAGAGACAAUGCUCGCUCCUCUCUCAGUGCCAGUCAUCCAAUGGUGGACAAGUGGCUGGAGAAACAAGAACAGGAUGAGGAUGGGGCAGAAGAAGACAAUAGCAGGGUGGAACCAGUUGGACAUGCGGACACUGGCUUGGAGAAUAUGCCCAGCUUUUCUCUGGAUGAUAUGGUAAAGCUCGUUCAAGUCCCCAACGAUGGAGGGCCUCUGGGAAUCCAUGUAGUGCCUUUCAGUGCUCGAGGCGGCAGAACCUUGGGGUUAUUAGUAAAACGAUUGGAGAAAGGUGGCAAGGCGGAACAAGAAAACCUUUUUCAUGAGAAUGAUUGCAUUGUCAGGAUUAAUGAUGGCGACCUACGAAAUAGAAGAUUUGAACAAGCACAGCAUAUGUUUCGCCAAGCCAUGCGUACACCCAUCAUUUGGUUCCAUGUGGUUCCUGCAGCAAAUAAAGAGCAGUAUGAACACCUGUCCCAAAGCGAGAAGAACAGCUACUACUCGAGCCGCUUCAGCCCAGACAGCCAGUAUGUGGACAACCGGAGCGUGCACAGUGCAGGACCGCACACCACACCCAGAGUGCCCCGGCCGAACCAUCCGCCCGAGCAGAUAGACUCUCACCCCCGACUACCUCAUAGUGCAAACCCUGCUGGGAAACCGCCAUCAGCCCUGGCUCCAGCACCCCACCACGUGUUCAAUACAAAUGUCAGCGGUGGUUACAACACCAAGAAAAUAGGAAAAAGACUUAAUAUCCAGCUGAAGAAAGGGACAGAAGGCUUGGGGUUUAGCAUCACUUCCCGAGAUGUAACCAUCGGUGGAUCGGCUCCCAUUUACGUGAAGAACAUUCUUCCGAGAGGUGCUGCCAUUCAGGACGGCAGACUCAAGGCAGGAGAUAGGCUCCUAGAGGUCAAUGGAGUCGAUUUAGCAGGCAAAUCCCAAGAGGAAGUUGUUUCCCUGUUGAGAAACACCAAGAUGGAAGGGGUUGUGAGCCUUCUGGUCUUUCGCCAGGAAGACGCCUUCCACCCGAGGGAACUGAAUGCAGAGCCAAGCCAGAUGCAGAUUCCAAAAGAAACGAACGCAGAAGACGAAGAUAUUGUUCUCACCCCUGAUGGCACCAGGGAAUUUCUGACAUUUGAGGUUCCUCUCAACGACUCAGGAUCAGCUGGGCUUGGUGUCAGUGUCAAAGGGAACCGGUCCAAGGAGAACCACGCAGACCUGGGGAUCUUCGUCAAGUCCAUUAUUAACGGAGGAGCGGCAUCUAAAGAUGGAAGGCUUCGGGUGAAUGAUCAGCUGAUAGCUGUAAAUGGAGAAUCCCUGUUGGGCAAGACGAACCAAGACGCCAUGGAAACCCUCCGCCGGUCCAUGUCUACAGAAGGGAACAAGCGCGGAAUGAUUCAGCUCAUUGUAGCGCGGCGCAUCAGCAAGUGCAGCGAGCUCAAGUCACCUGGGAGCCCCCCUGGACCUGAGCUACCCAUCGAAACAGUGCUGGAUGAUAGAGAAAGGAGAAUUUCCCAUUCCCUCUACAGCGGGAUUGAGGGGCUGGAUGAAUCUCCCACAAGAAAUGCUGCCCUCAGCAGGAUAAUGGGUAAAUACCAACUGUCCCCCACGGUGAAUAUGCCUCAGGAUGACACUGUCAUCAUAGAAGAUGACAGGCUGCCCGUGCUGCCCCCACAUCUCUCUGACCAGUCGUCUUCUGGCUCCCACGAUGACAUGGGAUUCGUCGUGACCGACGCUGGUGCCUGGGCUAAGGCCGCGAUCGGCGAUUCCGCAGAUUGCUCUUUGAGCCCAGAUGUUGACCCAGGCCUUGCUUUUCAACGAGAAGGAUUUGGACGCCAGAUAGCUGACGAGACUAAACUCAAUACUGUGGAUGACCAGAAAGCAGGUUCUCCCAGCAGAGAUGUAGGACCGUCCCUGGGUCUGAAGAAGUCAAGCUCUUUGGAGAGCCUGCAGACAGCCGUCGCCGAGGUGACUUUGAAUGGGGACAUUCCUUUCCACCGUCCAAGACCCCGAAUCAUCCGAGGGAGGGGCUGCAACGAGAGCUUCAGGGCCGCCAUCGACAAGUCUUACGAUAAGCCUGCUGUAGAUGACGACGAUGAAGGCAUGGAGACCUUGGAAGAAGAUACAGAAGAAAGUUCGAGAUCCGGGCGAGAGUCUGUCUCCACAGCUAGUGACCACCCUUCUCACUCCCUGGAGAGACAAAUGAAUGGAAACCAAGAGAAAGGCGAUAAGAGUGACCGGAGGAAAGACAAGACUGCAAAAGAGAAAAAGAAAGAUAGAGACAAAGAAAAGGACAAAAUCAAAGCCAAGAAGGGAAUGCUGAAGGGCUUGGGAGACAUGUUCAGGUUUGGCAAACAUCGAAAAGAUGACAAGAUUGAGAAAACGGGUAAAAUAAAAAUGCAGGAAGCCCUUACUUCAGAAGAGGAGAGGAUUCGAAUGAAGCAGGAGCAGGCGAGGAUUCAAGCCAAAACGCGAGAGUUUAGAGAGCGGCAAGCUCGAGAGCGUGACUAUGCCGAAAUCCAGGAUUUCCAUCGGACCUUUGGCUGCGAAGAUGACUUGCUGUUUGGGGGCAUGUCUUCAUAUGAAGGUUCCCUGGCGCUCAACGCCAGACCCCAGAGCCCAAGAGAAGGGCAUCUGAUGGAUGCUUUGUAUGCUCAAGUGAAGAAGCCCCGGAAUGCCAAGGCUUCACCUGCAGACAGCAACAGAUCAACUCCCAGCAACCAUGAUCGGAUACAGCGUUUGAGGCAGGAGUUUCAACAAGCAAAGCAGGAGGAAGACGGAGAGGACCGCCGACGGACCUAUAGCUUUGAACAGCCCUGGCCGAACUCCAAACCAUACACGCAGAGCGGCCGGCACUCGGUGUCCGUGGAGGUGCAAAUGCAGAGGCAGCGACAAGAGGAGCGAGAGAGCUUCCAGCAAGCCCAGCGCCAGUACAGCUCCCUGCCUCGGCAAAGCAGGAAAAAUGCCAGUUCGGUCUCUCAGGAUUCCUGGGAACAGAACUACUCACCUGGCGAAGGCUUCCAGAGUGCCAAGGAGAACCCCAGGUAUUCCAGCUACCAAGGCUCGAGGAACGGCUACCUGGGCGGGCACGGCUUCAAUGCCAGGGUGAUGCUGGAGACCCAGGAGCUCCUGCGCCAGGAGCAGAGGCGGAAAGAGCAACAGAUGAAGAAGAAGCCGCCCCCGGAGGGGCCCAACAACUAUGACUCAUAUAAGAAAGUCCAGGACCCCAACUACACCCCUCCCAAGGGGCCCUUCCGGCAAGACGUGCCCCCCUCCCCGUCUCAGGUGGCGAGGCUGAACAGACUGCAGAGUCCUGAGAAGGGCCGACCCUUUUACUCCUGAGCAGGAGAAGAACAGAUACUUCAUGUCAUGCAAUAAAGGACAUUUUCCUAUGAAGACUUGUAUUUUGGAGCGUUUUUUAAAAACCUUGACGGUACUAUGGAAUAUUUCUGUUGUUGGUAUCAGUGCCUUUAAGGAGUGUGGGCAAAGAAGUGGAAGGCCUUAAUGUCUUUGCCAUUAUAUCUCAAGUAUCUCUUUCCUAGAAGGAUUUCCCACCAUCUGACAAUCAUCUUUUCAACGUAUUCCUCUGUUCUGCAUCUCUCGGGGGUAUCAGGACACGCAGCCCAAUUCAUGGCAUGUCCCUAGCUUGGCUAUGGCCAACCCCUAAAAUCUGUGGAGACAAUAUGUGCUUGAAGUUAAUGGUGGAAUUGAUCUCUUUCCCUCUUUACUUUUUCUUAGAUGUGAGGCAACACCUCAAGUUCUGGUGGAUAGGAACGGCUGACAGGCACCAGAAGUUGAAGUGUUAUAGUCCCUCACGGCAUACCCAUUUAUCCAUACUUUAAAGCAGUAUGGUUUCCCCCCUUUUCUUUCUCACCUCCUUGGGAAAGGAAAGUUCUUUGUCCUAAUAAAAAUGUUAAGCCAUAUCACACUUUCUGGUUAUCAUGGGUCUCCUUUUAGAACUGCCUUACAACGCCACAUGAUCAAUAAACUCAACAGUGAUGACUGCCGUCUGUGUUUAUAAAUACCCUGUUCAGUCACGUCCCUAACACAUUUGAUGAGUCCCCACCGCUCUGCGAUGGGAACGUGGGAGAGGGGGCUGAUCCAUGGUGAGGGGGUAGGGCCGGGCCGGGCCCACCUAUGGGCCUCUGCGUGUUUCCUGAGGUGGGAGGUGGCAGCUAAGAAAAGAAUUCUCCCAGAAUGAGCUUGCACUUCAGUACAUCCCGAUAAUUAUUUUAAUUACUUUCUGUUCUGACAGGUUGACAGGAAGGGCUCAGAGUGGGACAAAGAUAAAUCAGACAGUUGUUUGGGAAUUCUAAAACCUGAUCCGCUUUCUGUGUAUUUUGAAGUCAGAAGUGAGAUGUGCUCAGUAUACCCACAGGCUGUAUCACUGCCCGGUGAUGCCGUGCUCCUGAACGCUUCUCCUGCAAAAGGUCAGCAGCCAGCAGAACAUAUCCGACAGAGAACAUGCUGGUGCCCCAGCGUGGUGAUGACAGAAAACUGCUUCCAUGUCGAUAUUUUUAAUGUACAGGAUGGGUCACAAGAACCUCUGUUGCGCAUCGGUUUUUAUUUGCUGGUUUGAACGUCAUGCGUUGUAAAGCAUCACUGGGUGGCUGAAGUGCCUGCAAAUCCUCAUGUGAAACAAAGCUUGAGAUCCAAGCUCAGCAUACCUUGUAUUCACAGAAAAGAAAAAUAAGACACAAAAAAGUAAAGCUAUGUAUUGAUACGCCUAUAUCUAUAUAUUUUUUGUACUGGCACAUUGUAUUUUUGUGUCAACUUGUUUUUAGGAAAGAUGUGAAGUGCCCACAUGUGCACCUGUGUCUCGGAUACUUAUGCAGUUUUUGUGUCCUCGUUGUCUGUGUUAAUCAUGCGUAGCGAUGUUGCAAUGGUGUGACCAAUGUAAGCACGGUGGCCCUGGACGGCAGCAGCUCUUUCUCACGGCUCUCCCGAAGCUGGGGGAAACAGCUUUCCUUGUACAUACGCCACUUCUAAUAAAGGACGUAUUUCUUCCUGUU